CCCAAGUCCCAAAACCAAAACCAAACCCAAACCUAAACUCACAAAUACACCAACACACGUCAUCACCUUCACCGGUAAUCUGGUUGGAACUUGGAAUUGGAACCUCCGCCUUCUUUCGAUGCAUUCGAGGACUUCCCCAAAAUCAUAGCAAACAAAGAUUUCUAUUAAAACCAAACAAAGCAAACACAACCCAACCCCCAUUUCUUGUUCUUCUCUCUCUAAAAACCCACACAAAUCGCAUCAACAAAGAGAGAGAAACUGAGUUCCUCAAACAAAUGGCUCACCUUCUCAACACUCCCUUCGUCCCCUCCGCCCAAACCCUCCGUCGGAGCCCCAAUCUGCCGCCGGGCGCCCGCAUUUCCGGCCGCCGUGGCCGGGCUUCAGUCCAGGCCAAGAUCCGCGAGAUCUUCAUGCCGGCCCUGAGCUCCACCAUGACGGAGGGCAAGAUCGUCUCUUGGGUCAAGUCCGAGGGCGACAAGCUCUCCAAGGGCGAGAGCGUCGUCGUCGUUGAGUCCGACAAGGCCGACAUGGAUGUCGAGACCUUCUACGACGGCUACCUCGCCGCAAUUAUGGUCGAGGAAGGCGGCGUCGCCUCAGUCGGCUCCGCCAUUGCCCUAUUAGCGGAGUCCGAGGCUGAGAUCGCCGAGGCCAAGGCCAAAGCCAAUUCUUCAUCGUCAUCGUCAUCGUCGCCCCCGCCGCCACCGAACACAGCAGCUCCGGAGCCGCAGGUGGUGAAUGUGGCUUCAGUGGCGGUGGCGAAACCGCCACCGGCUGCCGCGGUGGCUUCGACGCACCAGGCCUCGGAUGGAGGCAAGAGAAUUGUGGCUUCGCCGUAUGCGAAGAAGCUGGCCAAGGAGCUGAAGGUGGACUUGGGGAGGAUCCUCGGAAGCGGGCCGUUGGGGAGAAUUGUGGCCAAGGACGUGGAGGAAGCGGCCGCGGCGGCUGUUGAGUCGAACGUGGCGGCUGGCAGUGGGCCUGCCGCGUCAUCACCGUCGCCGGGGAUCCAACUGGGGACAGUUGUGCCUUUUACCACAAUGCAGGGUGCUGUGAGCAAGAACAUGGUUGAGAGUCUGUCAGUUCCAACUUUUAGAGUUGGGUACACUAUCACCACUGAUGCUCUUGAUGCUCUUUACAAGAAGGUAAAGUCAAAGGGAGUUACUAUGACAGCGUUGCUUGCGAAGGCGACGGCUCUAGCUCUGGCCAAACAUCCUGUAGUGAACUCCAGUUGUAGGGAUGGUAACAGCUUUACAUAUAAUAGUAGCAUCAACAUUGCAGUUGCUGUCGCUUUGGAUGGCGGGUUAAUCACUCCGGUGCUGCCAGAUGCUGACAAGGUUGAUAUCUAUUCACUGUCAAGAAAGUGGAAGGAAUUAGUUGAUAAGGCGCGGGCCAAGCAGCUGCAGCCUCAUGAAUAUAAUACAGGUACUUUCACUCUUUCUAAUCUUGGAAUGUUUGGAGUUGAUCGAUUUGAUGCCAUUCUGCCACCUGGAACUGGUGCGAUUAUGGCUGUUGGAGCUUCUCAGCCCUCUGUUGUGGCUACCAAGGAUGGUAGGAUUGGUAUGCAGAACCAAAUGCAGGUAAAUGUCACAGCAGAUCAUCGUGUGAUAUAUGGUGCUGAUCUUGCUUCAUUCUUGCAAACAUUGGCAAGCAUAAUCGAGGACCCCAAAGAUCUUACUCUCUAGUCUAACUUCCUUAUUACCAAAUGGGCCCUUUUUGUUUUCUGUGUUGUCCGAAAUCUUUUGUUCCUCUUAGUACUUUGCCAUUGGAUCAUGUCAGUUUGAUUCAUAAUCAUUGAUAUCUGGUUGAGAAGUUUGAAGAGAUACAGGAGCUAAUUAGUAUCCGUUUAAAGUAUAGGAGCAGAAUUUUGAAGAGCUUUGUAACUUGAGCCAAUGUCCAAGGAAUCAAACUCAAUAAUGAGUUAGACAAACCCGUAUGAGUUUAACUAAUUAGCUCAUAUGAGUUUCUACCUGCAAAUGUCAUAACUGUGUCCUAUGGCUGGUCUUUUUGUUUAGUUGGCUAGAGCCUGAAUAUGGUCGUUGGAUUAAUAGCGUUUGUUGUAAUGCUCAAAGUUGAUUUGAGAAAAUUGAAUUAAAAUUUUGAGGAUGAAAUCAUUUGAAUCUGAGUACGGCACAAAGUUGUCGCUUACGGAA